AUGCAUUACAAACUUUUGUUAUCAGGCGACCGAGCCGACUUCACCACGCUCGCACUCGAUCUCGACAAGAAGAAGCUGAGCAUCCUCGCGAACUACGCCGCCCCUUACAAUGCUUCAUGGACCGAACCCGUGGUUUCGCAGGGUAGCGUCGACCAGCUAGUUGGGCUAUCCGAGGGCGAUGACGCCGGUCUUCUCUACAGCUUCGAAGUAGAUCAUGCACACAAGGCUUGCAAAAUCAGCAGCCAGCAGCCAACCCUAGGAGCACCGGGUCACUUCCUCACACUGCGCGACAAAUCUGCGCUGGCGCUUGCCACGUACCUGGGAGGUUCCAUUGCUCUUUACCCCAUUUCAGUCACCAGUUCCGGCACGCUACUGCUUGACAACGUCCCCCGAACCGAGAUCAUCCCGGAAUUCCCCUACCGGGCCGCGGGACACGGCCCGAAUCAAGGCCGACAGCGACAAUGCCAUGUCCAUCAGAUCCUUGAAGAUCAACGUGGCUUGCUCUACGCCCCGGACCUGGGAUCCGACCGAGUGUGGCUCCUCCGGCGCGAGGGGACGCAGAAGCUGGACAUCUGCGGCUGGCUGCAGUGUCCCCCCGGAACAGGGGCUCGGCAUGCCGUGUUGAGUCCGGAUGAGAGAAUCAUGUACGUCAUCGGAGAACUCUCACACACCGUCCUCGCCUUCGACCUCUCCGAUGGCCCCGCCGAAGCCAUCCCGCCCAUCGCUGGCUUCGCUCCCAACAUCAUCCCCCCGGAGAUCCCCCCCGACCAUCAGUUCAUGAUGGACUCUUCCGAGAUCUGUCUGCAUCCUUCGAUUCCCAAUGUUCUCUAUGUCAGCAAUCGGUGGGAACGGCACAUCGCGCGCCGCGAACCGCAUCUCCAGAGCGUGCCGCAGCAGCUCCCGCCCGGCGAUGCGAUUGCCAUUAUCUUGCUCUCUAACGACGGCAGGGAUGUCAAGGCGAUCAAGCACGUGCGCACCAAGCUCGAUGUCAUCCGUGGGAUGCGGGUCAGCGACGAUGGCCGGUACGUCGUGGCGGUUGGCCAGGAGGGGGGUGGUGUGGAGGUCUAUGAGAUUGGCGGGGAUCGAGGCGAUGUGUGGACCCUCGUGGCGAGUUUGGAUGAGGGAUUGGAGAGUGGCAUCAAACAUGCUGUGUGGCUGUAG